AUGAUUCAUAUCGAACAUCAUCCACCAGAGACGCCUCUUCUUCUCAACAUAGAACGUCUUCAGAAUCUUACCAUGAUUCUUUACUAUCCACUCGAGCACAUUUAUUGGCUUGCAGCUCACAAAGUUCUCAAUAUAUCGGAGUCACGAAUGAAUAGAAUGGGGAUUUGGAGUUGUCGUUUUUGGGCAGCUUAUGUGUUGCUUCAAUUUUGGCACCUCUGGCUAGAAUGGAAGUUGCUCAAGAAAAGACGACGAAAUAUGAUAAAAAGAGUGGAUAGAGAUGAAGAGGAAGUCAAGAGGGAGAAGAGGGAGUUGAAAGCAGAAGGCGAGAGAAUUUGGAGAGAAUCAAUUAUUAAUGUUGGAUACUUGCCUUUAACGGUACAUUGGUCAAUUGAAAACUCCAUGUUUCCGGAUGUCGGUGUGGGCGUGUUCGGUACUCUCGCCGCUUUUUAUCAGUUACGUGGGGUGUGGAAGGCCACCGCGGAGUGA